AAAGAACAACAGCAGAAUGAUUAAAAGUUAAACAAAAAUAACUACACUAUAAAUAUAAAAAAAUACAGUAUUAUUUGAGCUUUAAGAAUAGAAAGAAAGAAAACCUGACUAUCCAAUCCAAACCCUAUAUCUAUGGAAUGCAUCUUUAAUCAUCUGGGUAUGCCAUCGUCUCAUCUCUUGUAAUAAUAAUAUUCUCUCCUCUCAUUAAGAUGAAUCCCACAGCACAAUGCAGCUGUAUGGUUCCUCAUUGUUCCCCUGCCGACCCAAACCUCUUCAACAACAAUAUCAGGUUAGAAACAGACAGUGAUAAUGAUAAUAUCUUUAGGAGUUUAUCAGACAUUCAGAGUAUUCCAUUUCUACAGCAGCAGGGUUCGCCUACCACUUGUCAGUUCACGCCUCUUUUAUUAUGCCAUGAAGAAUCAAGUGCAAGCAGCAAAACGAAAUCUACCGAAACACGUCUUAUAUUCCAGGACAUCAGUAGAGGGAUUCCAGGAGCGCUAAAGACAAACAAACUGGGUCAAAAUCAUAGGAGGACACGUUCAGCUACAUAUGAAAGGAGGCGUAGGAACAGAAUCAGGGAAAAAUUGAAAGCUUUGGGGGAACUUAUACCACACAGUCACAAGCAAGACACCGCUUCGCUGUUGGAAGCAGCCAUCGACUAUCUCAAAGCCUUAAAGCUCAAGUUGAAAUGAUGUCCAACAUGGGUGGAGGAGCCUUGUGCCAAGCCUCGAGUAUGUCGGCAGCACAUUAUUUUUGUCCAGUUAUGCCCAUGGAUCCAACUUCUGCAACGAGGAUGUUUAGCACCAGCCAAUAUGUUGGCGCUCUUAUGGUACCACCUCCUUCAGUCCAUCCCCAUUUCCAACUCCACCCUUCUUCACUACCAGCAACAGCACAAUUCCGGCAGCCUUUUAUUUUUUCACUACCUUUAUUAGGAGCUGCUAUUUCCACUCCGCUAUCGACUGCCUCUUCUUAUCAAGGACAGUCCACUACUUCUCGGAAGCAGAAACGUCGUCUUUGAACGGAGACUAUUAUCAGAAGGCUUAAAGCUUGAAUGUUGCUGCUAGGAGAAGUUGGAGAUAUGAUGUUUUGAUAUGCUUGAAAGAAUAAAUAAAUAAAUCCCAGAGAUAAGUCUGAAUAAUUAAUUCCACGCCACUAUUUUAUUUUCUUUUGGGUUGGAACUUGUAAGCCUAAUGAGUUUUGUUUUUAGAAAAGGGAAUAAGCAUGUAACUCUUCUCUGUUUCCUUACCCUUUGCUUCAAUAUUUCUAGUUGUCUUCUUCGAUACUAAGUUAGAGAAGUACUGACAAUAACCUGUUUCCGGUAAGGACAUAGGAAGAGAAAAAUGUUCUUGAAAAAGUAGAGAUUUUCUGCA